GCCCCCCCCCCCCACUCCCGACAGCCAAGUCACAGCCUCCAGGGCACCUUUCGGCAAGCGGGUGGUGGGUCCUGGACUCAGAGACCAGAACGUGGGCUUCUGGGCAGAGAUGGCCCUGCAAAGCCAGGUGUGGUCUCCGGCCACACCCAUGCCCAUGGCAGAGAGCUCCCUCUACCGGCAGCGGCUAGAGGUCAUCGCGGAGAAGCGGCGGCUGCAGGAGGAGAUCCGCGCCGCGCGCCGGGAGCUGGAGGAGGAGAAACUCCGUGUGGAGCGGCUCAAGAGGAAGUCUCUCCGGGAACGCUGGCUAAUGGACGGGGCAGCUGAAGAGCCAGAGCGGCCCCAGGACCCCGCCUCACAGGACCCCCAGUCACCUGAGGACCAGGCUCAGGCCCGCAUCCGGAACCUGGAAGGCAGCUUGUUCACACUCCAAUCCCAGCUGCAGCUGUUACAAAGUGCGUCCACAGGUGCCCAGCACAAGCCCACAGGCAGGCCCACCUGGCGCCGACAGGGUCACCGUCCUCUAUCCCAGCCCACCGUGGAGGCAGGUCCUGAAGGCCAGACUGAUCUAAACAAGAGAGCCUCCAUACCAGCUGGACCAGUGGGCACGUACCCAGAGUCCCCCUCUAAGUCCGGAGACGAGGCUGUCGGGGCUCCACCAGCCCCAAGGAGGAUCCCUGGGGCAGCAGGGCCCUCCUCAGAAGCCAAUGGCCCCUGCCCUGGAUCCAGCCCCCCUCCGGAGCAGGAGCCGAGUCAGGGAGGGGCAGCAUCUGAUGGGGGAGUGAAUGAGGCCAAAGGGGGAGGCAUGGUGAAGGUGGUGUGGGAGGGGCUAAGAGCCACGGAGGACUGUACCGCGGGGGCCACAGGCCCAGAACUGGAGGCUAAGGUGGAGGAGAUGGUCAUGGAGGCCAUCGGGGACAGACAGAAAGCCGGACGCCCAGAGCUCCCUUUGUGGGUCAGGGAGGACAGGGGUAUCGUGGAGGUGGUCUGGGAAGGGGUGGGAGGCACAGAGGGCAGCGACUCAGAGGCCACGGGGGAGGCGGGCAGAGGCCUGGAGGCUGCACAGACCAGCUCACCGAGGCUCCAGGAGGGACCAGCUUCUGGAGAAGGGGAAGGUGCCCCCAGGGGCAGCCCUGAUGGUGAUGGGCAGGGGGGCUUUGGAGGACAGGAGGGGUCCUUCAUUUGGGUGGAGAGAGUGACCCUCAGUGAGGAGUGGGAAGAGCUGGUGGUGGAGGGGGUGGAAGGGCCAAAGGCACUGGAAAGGGAGGGAAAGGAUGAGAGUCCACCGGGGGCAGGCGGCAGAGGCGGGGAGGAAACGUGGGAGGUGGAGAGGAGGUGGGCAGAGGAAUCAGCGGGGAAGAGAGGAAGUGAGGGAAAGGCAGGCGCGGAGCCAGAAGGAGCAGAGAUGUCACUGGUGGUGGAGAGGAAAGGAAGCGAGGAAUCCUUGGAGCCGGAGAGGAGAGGAGUCGAGGAAAAGGUGGAGACAGAGAUGGGAGGAGGUGACGAACCACUGUCGGCAGAAAGAAAAGAAGUUGAAGGACCUCUGAGGGCAGAGAGGGAAAGAGGCGAGGAGCCGUUGGGAAUAGAGCAGAAAGGAGGUGAGGAAAAGUUAGAGGCAAUUGAAGAACCAUUGGUGACAGAAAGAAAAGAAGGUGAGGAAUCACUGAUGGUAGAGAGAAUGGGAGGUGAGCAGCCGUCCGAGGCAGAGACAAAAGGAGAUGAGGAAUCACUGACGGUACAGAGAACGGGAGGUGAGCAGCCGUUGGAGGCAGAGACAAAAGGAGAUGAGGAAUCACUGACGGUACAGAGAACGGGAGGUGAGCAGCCGUCGGAGGCAGAGACAAAAGGAGAUGAGGAAUCACUGAAGGUACAGAGAACGGGAGGUGAGCAGCCGUCGGAGGCAGAGACAAAAGGAGAUGAGGAAUCACUGACGGUACAGAGAACGGGAGGCGAGCAGCCAUCGGAGGCAGAGACAAAAGGAGAUGAGGAAUCACAGAAGGCAGAGAGAAUGGCAGGUGAAGAGCCAUUGCAGACAGAGAAGACUCAAGGGGUUGAGGAAGAUCUGAGUCCAGAAGAGCAGAGAGAGUCAGGAGGAGGAAACGAAUGUCAGGCAGAGGAAGUGAGUGAGGAAGUGGCCCCCCUGGGGGCCAAGGAGGAGCCAAGGCCGGAGGCAGAAGGACAGCAGCCCCAGGAGAAGCAGGAAGGCUCCCCAGAAGCAGAAGCAGUGAAGCCCCAAACCUCUGAUGAGGGCCAGGACCCCUCUGGGGAUGCCACCCCCCUCCUGGCAGAGACCCCAGCUCAGGAGCAGCCUGCUGAGUGCCAGCCACUGCUUCAGGUGGAGGAGCCCAGGGCCAACCCCAGUGCCCACACUGUGCCCACCUAUGCGCCUGCCCGGCAGCCGGAGCCAUCUGCCCCUCCUGAGGUCGAAGAGGCGAGCGGCCCUAAGCAGAAGACGUGCCAGUGUUGUGCGGUUAUGUGAGCCCACGCCCUCUACCCCGCUCCCAGCUCCUCUCACAGCUACCUCGGCCUCUUGGCAUCAGCAGAUGGUCCCGGGCGCAGACAGGGCACCACGGGACUGGUGAUGGCACCUGGGAGCCAGCUGGUCCACAUGUCCAUUUCCACCUGGGCUUCUGGACCCCUUGCCCACUGCCUGUGACCCUGGCCCCCUUCCGUGACAAAGCCUUUAUACUUGAAAAUAAAAUGUUGAGCAUUUGGACAGUG